AUGCCGGCUCUGCCAGCGCUGCUGCUGUCGAUUCACUUCCUCUUCCUACUGCUGACCAUGGCCCCGCACUCUUUCAGCCAGGCCCCUGCCAUGUCCGCCGUCAAAAUGGCGGCCAUUUUAGAUGACCAGUCGGUGUGUGGGCGCGGGGAGCGGCUGGCCCUGGCGCUGGCCCGAGAGAACAUCAACAGCAUGAUGGAGGGGCCGGCUCGUGCGCGCGUGGAGGUGGACAUCUUCGAGCUGCAGAGCGAUUCGCAGUACGAGACCACGGAUACCAUGUGCCAGAUCCUGCCAAAGGGAGUGGUGUCUGUCAUUGGGCCCGCCUCCAGCCCUGCCUCUGGUUCCACUGUCAGUCACAUAUGUGGGGAGAAGGAGAUCCCUCAUGUGAAGAUCGGUCCAGAGGAGACGCCGCGGCUGCCCUACCUGCGCUUCGCCUCGGUCAGCCUGUACCCCAGCAACGAGGACCUGAGCCUGGCCAUCGGCUCCAUCCUGCGCUCCUUCAGCUACCCCACCGCCAGCCUCAUCUGCGCCAAGGCCGAGUGCCUGCUGCGAUUGGAGGAGCUGGUCCGUCGCUUCCUCAUCUCCCGGGAGACGCUGUCCGUGCGCAUGCUGGACGACAGCCUGGACCCCACCCCGCUGCUGAAGGAGAUCCGCGACGACAAAGUGGCCACCAUCAUCAUCGACGCCAACGCGUCCAUCUCUUACCUCAUCCUGCGAAAGGCGUCCGAGUUGGGGAUGACGUCAGCAUUUUACAAGUACAUCCUCACCACCAUGGACUUCCCCUUGCUGAGGCUGGACGAUGUGGUGGAUGACCAGUCCAACAUCGUGGGCUUCUCCAUGCUCAACAGCAGUCACCCCUUCUACCUGGAGUUCAUCCGCAGCCUCAACCUGUCCUGGAGGGAGGGCUGCGACAUCAGCCCAUACCCUGGCCCUGCGCUGUCGUCGGCGCUGAUGUUCGACGCGGUGCACGUGGUGGUGGGGGCCGUGCGCGAGCUCAACCGCAGCCAGGAGAUCGGCGUCAAGCCCCUCAGCUGCACCUCGCCGCUCAUCUGGCAGCACGGCACCAGCCUCAUGAACUACCUGCGCAUGGUGGAGUAUGAUGGUCUGACAGGACGUGUGGAAUUCAACAGCAAAGGCCAAAGGACCAACUACACUCUGCACAUCCUGGAGAAACACAGGGGAGGCCACAAAGAGAUCGGGAUCUGGUACUCCAACAACACCCUCUCCAUGAACUCCACGGCGCUGGACAUCAACGUGUCCGAGAGCCUGGCCAACAAGACCCUGAUCGUCACCACCAUCCUGGAGGACCCGUACGUGAUGCGCAGGGAUAACUACCAGGACUUAGAGGGGAAUGCCCAGUAUGAGGGCUUCUGCGUGGACAUGCUGACGGAACUGGCCGACAUCCUCAAGUUCUCCUUCAGAAUCAAGCUGGUGGACGAUGGCCUCUACGGAGCGCCAGAGAUCAACGGCUCCUGGACUGGCAUGGUGGGAGAGCUGAUCAACAGGAAAGCAGACCUGGCAGUGGCGGGUUUCACCAUCACCUCUGAGAGAGAGAAGGUCAUCGAUUUCUCCAAGCCUUUCAUGUCUCUGGGCAUCAGCAUCCUCUACCGUGUUCACAUUGGGCGUAAGCCGGGCUACUUCUCGUUCCUGGACCCCUUCUCGCCGGCCGUGUGGCUCUUCAUGCUCCUGGCGUACCUGGCCGUCAGCUGCGUGCUCUUCCUGGCUGCCAGGUGGGCGUUCACGCUCAUCAUCAUCUCCUCGUACACGGCCAACCUGGCGGCGUUCCUGACGGUCCAGAGGAUGGAGGUGCCCAUCGAGUCCGCCGACGACCUGGCCGACCAGACCAACAUCCAGUACGGCACCAUCCAGGGGGGGAGCACCAUGACCUUCUUUAUGAACUCGCGCUACCAGACGUACCAGCGCAUGUGGAACUACAUGCACUCCAAGCAGCCCAGCGUGUUUGUGAAGAGCACGGAGGAGGGCAUCGCCCGCGUGGUCAACUCCAAGUACGCCUUCCUGCUGGAGAGCACCAUGAACGAGUACCACCGCCGCCUCAACUGCAACCUCACCCAGAUCGGAGGCCUGCUGGACACCAAGGGCUACGGCAUCGGCAUGCCCCUCGGCUCUCCGUAUAGGGAUGAGAUCACUCUGGGUGUGCUGCAGCUGCAGGAGAGUAACCGGCUGGAGAUCCUGAAGCGCCGCUGGUGGGAGGGGGGACAGUGCCCCAAAGAGGAGGACCACCGAGCCAAAGGCCUGGGCAUGGAGAACAUCGGCGGGAUCUUCGUGGUGCUGAUCUGCGGCCUGAUCAUCGCCGUGUUCGUGGCCAUCAUGGAGUUUGUGUGGUCCACGCGGCGCUCUGCCGAGACAGACGAGGUACGCCCUCACCCCUGCCACGGCCGACAUCACAGACACCCCCCAGUGUCUGUGUGUCAGGAAAUGAUGUCCGAGUUCCGGAACGCCAUCUCCUGCAAGAAGAGCUCCCGUUCCCGCCGGCGACGACCCCUGUCCAGCUCGGCCGUGCUGCGGCACCCUGCGCGCCUGACCCUGGGCGGUCCGCGCCCGCUGCGGCUGGUGCGCGAGAUGCGGCUGAGCAACGGCAAGCUGUACAGCGGCAUGGGCCCGCUGACCGGCGGAGGCCCCCCCCUCGGAGGAGCGGCGGGCGGCGGCGGUGGUGGGGGUCCCCUGGGGCCCCCGGGCCCGGCGGACAUGGGCCCGGGGCCACAGCGCCUCCUGGAGGACCCGCUGGGCGCCGGCAUGUCCAGCACGCCGCCACCGGCCGUUGGCGCGACGAUGGUGGUGGCUCCGUCGUCGGCGUCGGCGCGCGGCUGCACCCACGUGCGCAUCUGCCAGGAGUGCCGGCGCAUCCAGAGCCUCCGCUCGGCCUCCUCGUCCUGCUCCCGGAUCCCGCCGCUGCCCUCGGCCACCAGCUCCCUGCCGCGCCUGCCGGCGCCGCCGCCGCCCUCCUCCUCCAACACGGACAGCGAGGGGGGCGGAUCGGCCAGCAGCCCGCGCCGACACAAGUCCAAGCCCGCACCUCCGCCCCGGCCCCUGCCCCCCUGCAAAUCCCCCUCCACAGACAUACUGAGCAAGCAGGACUGAGGAGAGAAGAGAGGAGAAUGUAUGGGACGUAUGGGGGGGGAGGAAAGGUGGGGGCAU